CAAUAUUUUGUUGUCGCAUCCUUCUAAAAAAAUCUAUUUUUAAUUUAAUGGUUUCCCAUUGAAAUACGUGCGUAAACAUUAGUGCGUUAUGUCGGUUGGCCUCCGCGGAGUAUCUUCGUCCUCAGAGACCAUGUCCGAGAGCACGUUAGAGAGAAACCGAGCUGAAAAGGCUCUGAUAACAAAAACUCCAACGCAUACGUUACUCAAAAGUAAUAUUAAAAAUUAUUCGGACAGGAACGGGAACGAUGUCACGGAAACCGUACACAGAGGGAGGAAAACCUUCGCAUUUUGGACUCUAGUUUGUCUUUUAUUCGUAUUGGCUAUCGGGAACUUAAUUCUGACAUUCACGAUACUAGCCGUCUUGAGAUUGGGACAAGGUCUAGAGAGCAUGGAGUUUCUUCCGGAACACAAUGCUAUAAAGUUCUUCGGUAAAACCAACUUGGAGAAUGUAUAUAAGAGAGACGGUUUGAUCGAGAGCUUCAGUGAUACACCCAUGAGCAUAACCAGCGAGAAUGGCUCUGUUCUAUUCAAUUUGCAGACUAGAUUAUCACGAUCCGACACGAAACUGCUACUGAAUUCGUCUGGGGUCUUCAUCCGCGGCGUGAACUCCUUGGAGCUGAUCAGCCUCGACUCCGGGGAGGCUGCGUUCAGCACAGCAUCCCCCGAGAUGAAUAUACACGAGCCGAUCAACAAUUUGCAAGCGAAACAAAUAUCGACUAAGCGCGUCACCUCGCCGAUAGACCAAGACCUGAUAUUGCGUUCGGAGUCAUCAGCCCACCUCCGCGGAGCCGAGGGGACGCACAUGGAGUCCAAGAAACUCCACUGGAGCGCCGAUCAGGACGUGUACCUGAGGUCCAUUAACGGCUCUGUGAUCCUAAGCGGCAAGGAGGGAGUCUAUGUCGAUGUCAGAUAUUUGCCGAUAGCAAUGCCCCUCAACAGAACGGAUAAGCUUCAGGGGGUAGGUCAGUUCAAGGUAUGCGUCUGCAUGCCACAAGGGAAGCUUUUCAGGGUAGCGGUGCCGAAUGGUCAGAAGACCCUAUGCUCCCACGUCAAUAUGACAGGGGAUCUGAAUCCGUGCCUAUAAGGGCUUUGAUCGCUGUGGCUAAAUGAAGAUCACGGGUCAUACAGUAAAAGCUCUUUACUAGAGAUGAGACGGGUAUCCGGUAACUAUCCGGUAUCCGGCCAUGUUUUCACUAUAGGGCCGGAUACCGGAUAGUAAAUCAGUAUCCGGCCGGAGUUAUAGUAAAAUUUAAGAAAAUCUCAUGUUUUUUUUAUUGCCUUUGUAGGCAGACGAGCGUACGGCCCACCUGGUGGUAAGUGGUUA